GGGUGAGCCUGUCACUUUAAAGUCCUGUGGAUGGUUAUGAGUGAGUGUGAGGAGGGCGUUGGUUUUUAUUGGGACCGUGAACGAGUUGUGCUCAUCGCGUUUUCUCAGGCUCGAACUCAGCAAGCUGGGCUCAGAGUUUCAGGGAUCCCAGUGUUACUCUUCUAAAGCACUUAAUUUGAAGACCACUCCUUGGAUCCACCAUGCUGCUGUUGCUAACCUCAAUCUUUCUGCUGCAUCUGACUGCAAUCAUCCUCCUCCUCAUCUCCACAGCUCACAAUGCUUGGUGGAUAGGCAAGGAUUACUGCACGGACAUCUGGAAACAGUGCUUCUAUCAAAACAGCAGUUGUGAAGACAUUAGCUAUAAAGACAAGGAAGAAUACUUGCAGACUGUCCAGGCCGCCAUGGUGCUGGCUGUGAUCUUCUCCUGCUGCGGGCUGCUCAUCUUCAUCUGCCAGCUCUUCUCAUUGAAGAAAGGAAAUCGAUUUAUCUUCACUGGACUUUUUCAGCUGCUCUCCUGUCUCUGCGUGAUGACUGCAGCAAGUGUCUACACCGUCCACUUCCACCACAACGACCAGAGUAACGGGUACGGGUCCUCUUACAUCCUGGCUUGGAUCUGCUUCCCCUUGACACUGCUCAGCAGCAUAAUGUAUGUCAUCCUCCGCAAGCGGGAGUGAGCGCUCGUGGCUCACGGGCACUCGAGGCUGGGGACGCUCUCGAAAGGCAGAUCUUUGGGCCCAAGCUGGUGUCAGUCUCUGGAGCGACGUUAAACUGGAUUUCCAUUUUAAAAGAAAAAGGGAAAGUUAUUUUUGUAAAUUCUUUUCGUCUUGCACUUGCUCUUCCUCGUCCUCUUGCUCAUGCUCUCCCUCCCCUCCCCUUCUCUUCCCUUGCCAUCAACAUUAAAAAUGUCUUCCCUAAAGCCAGGCUUUUCUUCAGUUAGAUGGGAAGAGGGGCUUUUGCAGCAUCCCUAAGGGCAAAGUCCUUUGUUGAGUUUUACAGGGUGGGGAGGGUGAUGUAAUCCCCGUGUCUUAAAUGGAAGAGUCAUGCCUUUGAGCCCCUAACGCAAGCACAAAGUUUAACUUUUAGACAGUCACUUCCAAUCAAAAUGGUCGAGGGAGCAUAAAACCCUCCAUGAGAAGGUUCCUUUUGAAUUAUCAUCGUAAGAUUGCGUCUGAGCUCUUCUCUCAGGCAGGUCUUGGGUCUCCAUGGAAUGGAAUGACUCUUAACGCUGGCCACAGUAAUGGGGAGAUAUCCCCAAGCCCAGGUGUUCCUGGCUGAAGCCAUGUGCUGUGGUUUUAAGGUUUGGAGAGAAAGAAUCCUGCUCAGAACCAACAGAUGAACCUAGGCUGAGAUUAUAAAGAUGCAACUGAACACUAAGAAGAUUCUUGAUUCACAGUGCUGUCUAGGCCCGUGCCUGGACUAGACUUGGCCAUGGGGCUUGAUCCCUUUCACACCUUCUCACCUUUUGCCCUUCCUUUUAUGAUACCUCCCCCCAGUGAGGUGGCCUGCUGGAAGCAUCCUCCUCGGCGCCUCCUGGUGAUGGCGGGGGGGAAUGGAAGUGAUUGCCCUUUCUCCCCACAACAACUCAUUGGUGAAAAUGUAAACGGUGGCACUCAAUACUGCCCUUCUCAUCUCUGUGACUUGGGGGGUGUGUGGAGGGGAAAGGUGUAGAAAUAUCUUUUGGGGUGUCCCAAACUGGCCCCUUACCCAUCCAACAAUGUUCCUCUUUUUUUUUCUAAAAAUACUAUCUUUUCUUUGGGAAUCUUCCCAGCACCAUUUAAUACAAAUAUGCUCCCAGAUUUUUUUUUUUACGUUAUUUUUUUUGUGUAUUCAUCAGCCAAUGGGCCCCAGACCAAUCAGUGAUGCUUGUACAAAAUACAGGGCCAUUAACCCACCCCUCUCCCCCAAUUUUCACUCGGCCUUAUAAAAUGAGUCUCCUCCUCAUGGGGUAUUCCUCAGCUAAAACCUUGUUAGGCUUAAAUGAACUCUAUCGCCAACCCCCUUCUCUUCCCUUGCCAAACUCUUCUAGUUGGUGUUCAAUAUAGAUUUAUGUCUGAACAGCUCUGACCAGCUCCAUGUUAUGAGGGAAGGGGGAUUGUUUAGUAUUUUUUGUAUGACUGCCACUACAUAAACAUUUUUUUAGAACCAAAAAGCAAAAAUGUGCAAACUAGUAAUAAAUGAAUAUUAUAUUGUUAA